AAGUGAAGGGCAGCAGCACAAUGAGCAGCACAUUCAGACAGGCCGUGUAUGCGAGGUAGCAGCGACGUUGAUGCGAUCGCUUACUGAACUGAAUGCAGUCCAGGUCCAGGCGCAGUGGUGCCGGCAGCAGGCCCAUGCCCAGGCCAUAGCCAUGGAAGGUUUUCAGCAGCAAGCUGAGGCUCAUUUCUAAACCACUUCGGGCGACUGUUAACUGGCUACUGAAAGCUUUGGAAGCACCAACUGAUAGAUAAUUCAGAUGCGAUAUGACAGCUAUCAGGACUGUCAGAAUCCCAUCGGUGUGUAACCGAGUUUUAGCUAAUUAAUGCUCGUCCCUCUAUGGAAGGUACGUGCGGGUCGUCAGACCAGUUGCCUGGCGGCCACGACCACCCCAACAACAUGUUGCAUCCGAAAUUGGGUCAGGCUUUGCGCGUGGCCUACUACCACGCUCUCGUCUUUGGCCUGCUGGGAACAACGCUGCAGUUGCGUGGCCAGAGCCGGCUCAUCCGCGUGGAAAAGGUGUCGUGGAUGUACCUGGCCUACAGCCUCCUCAUUAGUGGCUGUCUCCUACUGGACGUCUACUUUAUGGUGCCGCGAGCCAUCCUGGAUGGCUACAUUACCCACAACAUUGUCCUGCAGUGGAACUUCUUUGUAUCGCUGGGCCUGCGAUUGGCGGCCAUUGUCUCCAGUUAUGGACUCGUUUGGCUAAAGCGCCGACGACUUGUCAAGCUCUAUGCAGAUUCGCUUCAACUCUGGAGGAGCCACAGGCGCAUACUCAAGCGGAUGGUGGCGCAGCACGCGCUGGAGGAGCUGCAACUCUCACUGAAGAAUCUUUUCUGGCGCAAGACUUUCGUGCUCUAUGUAACGCUGCUCUGUUCGAUUGUCAUUCAGUAUCAACUGCUCAGCGUUAUCAAUCGUCAGAGCCUGACGGCCCUCACUGCGAGGCUCUCCCAAUUCGUGCACGUUCUGGCCACCAAAAUGUGCUUCUAUGCGCUGCUCCUGCUACUCGAGCACCAGUUCCGGGCGGUGCACCUUGCCCUCGGCGCUCUCCAGCGUCGCAAAGGUGGAAAAAAGAAGGCGCACGAUCUUCGUCGCAUAGCAGCCAUGCACUGGGACACAUAUGAGUUGGCCCGGCGCUUUUUCGACAUGUACGAUGUGGUCAAUGCCAUGCUGUUUGCCAAUAUGUUUGUGAGCACCAUGAACAUCCUGUACCAUGCGGUGCAGUACAGCAACCAAACCAUUCAAUCCAACGCCGGGAGCUCGCUCUUUGGCAGUGGCCUAAUUGUGUUCAACUUUUGGGGCACUCUGAUGCUCAUGGGUUUGCUGGAUAGCGUGGUCCGCUCGUGCAACGAUCUAGGCCAGACCCUUCGACAGUUUAGCGAUCUCCGACAGAUCAGCAAAGAGCUGCAAAUUGAGUUGGAACUUUUCGCUCGUCAGCUGCAACGUAAUCGUUUGGUUUAUAAAAUCUGCGGCAUUGUGGAGCUCAACAAUUCGGCGUGCCUCAGCUACAUUGGUUCCAUUCUCAGCCAUGUGAUUAUUCUCAUGCAGUUUGACUUGAGGCGACGGCAGGAGACUUAG